AUGCACGCUUCAUUGGUAUUACGUGAGCCAGUUGAUUCUGACGCAGCCAAGGUCGUACGGGCAGAUGUCUCGGCAAUAAGACUAUAUAAGCGAUACUCGCAGACUUCGAAAAAGAAUGCCCCCAAUCUGGGAAAGCAAUGUGCCCCAGAAGAACAUUGCAAAAACAAAGAUUAG